AUGGAGAAUAAAUCGAAUGUGCUGAUGCAAAGAUACGAGUUAGGGAGAGUACUAGGUCAAGGCACUUUUGCCAAGGUUUACUAUGCAAGGAGCUUGAUAACUAAUCAGGGUGUGGCCAUUAAGGUUAUUGACAAAGAUAAGAUUAUGAAGGUUGGGCUGAUUGAUCAGAUCAAGAGAGAAAUAUCUGUUAUGAGACUGGUUAGGCACCCUAACAUUAUACACCUUUAUGAGGUCAUGGCCACCAAAACUAAGAUAUACUUUGUCAUUGAAUGUGCUAAAGGCGGUGAGCUGUUUAACAAGGUUGCUAAAGGAAAACUGAAGGAGGACGUUGCAAGGAAAUAUUUUCAGCAGCUAAUCAAUGCUCUUGAUUUCUGUCACAGUAGGGGUGUCUAUCAUCGGGAUAUAAAGCCAGAGAACUUAUUGCUAGAUGAAAAUGAUAACUUAAAAAUCUCUGAUUUCGGGUUAAGUGCCCUCGCUGAAAGCAAGCGCCAAGAUGGUCUGCUUCAUACCACCUGUGGUACUCCUGCCUAUGUUGCUCCUGAAGUUAUUAACAGGAGAGGCUAUGAUGGUGUGAAAGCUGAUAUUUGGUCUUGUGGGGUGGUCUUGUAUGUCUUAUUGGCAGGUUAUCUCCCGUUUCAUGAUCCAAAUUUGAUGGAGAUGUACAGGAAGAUUGGCAAAGCAGAAUUCAGAUGCCCUAAUUGGUUCUCACCAGAAGCACGUAGGCUACUGUAUAAGAUGUUGGAUCCAAAUCCCAAUACUAGGGUUUCCUUAGCCAAAGUUAAGGAGAGUUCUUGGUUCAGAAAGGGAACAAACUCCAAAAAUAUGAAAUCUGAAAUAGAAAACAAGGAUGUGGCUCCAAUAAGUGCAGAAGCUUCUGGUCCCUCUGAGAAUAGUAGUUUGGCUGCUGAGGCAAAGCAAGAACCAGUGAGACCUCCAAACUUGAAUGCUUUUGAUAUUAUCUCCCUUUCUGCUGGUUUUGAUCUGUCCGGCUUGUUCGAAAAAGAUUCUCUCAACAGAGAAGCAAGAUUCACUUCCAGACAACCUGGCCCAGUCAUCGUCUCAAAGUUGGAAGAAAUGGCUAAGCAUCUGAAGCUCAAAGUGAAGAAGAAGGAUGAUGGAUUGUUGAAAAUGGAUGCACUGAAGGAAGGUAGAAUGGGGAUUUUGUCCAUAGAUGCAGAGAUAUUUCAGAUUACUCCAACUUUUCAUCUGGUUGAGUUGAAGAAAUCAAAUGGAGAUACAUUGGAAUACCAGAAGAUGCUGGAGGACAUAAGGCCUGCUCUGCAAGAUAUAGUCUGGGUUUGGCAAGGUGAGGAAGAGCAACAGCUGCAGGAGCAGCAGCAACAACUGCAACUGCAGCCACAAGAAGAACAACUACAACAGCAUCAGCCACAAUAG